AUGAUCUUCAAGUUCAGACUGUUCUUCGUUGUGGCAUCUGCAGCCCUGCUCGGCAUCACCUGGUGUAUACACAUACGCAUACAAGCUGCCGCGCACGCUACUCCCCGAGGUUCUACCUACAGAGGCUUCAACUCCACCGCACACCUGCCAUCCACCAAUUACGCAAUCGUGACCUUCCUUACCGGCCAGGCAUCAGACGAAUCCUACUUCACCGCCACCCGCGUCCUCACCCAUCAGCUCCUGCACGCCGAAUCAACAAAGGUAAAUCAGAACAACACCUCCUUCCUCGUCCUCUGCUCGGAAACCGUCCCCGCAGAGCAAAAGACCACGCUCCGCGGUGACGGCGCCACCGUCGUCGAGAUUCGCGAUGUCCCCGUGAAUUGGUGGAUCCGCUCCGCAGAGACGCGCUGGAAGGAGCAGUUCAGCAAGCUCCGCGUCUUCGAAAUGGAGGAGUACAGCCGCAUUCUCUACCUCGACGCCGACACCGUGCUCACAGGGCCGGUAGACGGCAUCUUCGCGGAGCCCGAGGUCGUCAGCCUGACAUCGACGCUGGACCGCAAAGACCAGGUGCGCUGGGGCGAAGCCAAACUUCCAUCCGAAUGGCUCUUCGCCGCGCGUUCAGACGCGGCUCUGACAGGCGAGCGCACGCAUCCCACACCCCCUCUCCAGUCAAAGUCUUUCAACGCCGGCUUCUUCCUCAUCAAACCCGACCGCCAGGUCUUCGCUCACAUCCUCAGCGUGAUGGCGCUCGUCGGCCGCUUCGACACGCACACGAUGGAGCAGGGGCUGCUAAACUACGUGUUCCGCCGCGAGGGCCGGAUGCCGUGGCGCGAGCUGCACUGGCGGUGGAGCGCGACGUGGCCGACGGAGCGGGAUCUCGAGGAGGGUGUCGUCACGCUACAUGAUCGGCUGUGGAAGACGGGGCCGCAGCCGCUGCGGGACCUUUGGAAUGCGAAGAAGGGGGAGAUGAUGAAUUAUCACGAGAAGAGGAAAAUGGCUGCUGCCUGA